CUUUUUCUCUUAUGGAAGAUUUACUCGAUCUCAACUGGUCAUCUACCACUUCUAAACUAAAAGAUAACAAAAAACAACAAUCGGUUCAAAAAAAGGACGCCUUUGCUGACCUUUUAGCUAUUGGCAGCAAUUCAAAAGAAGAUGAAAAGCCGACACUUUCUUCAUUAGCAGAACAAAAGAGACAUCAGCACCAAGCAUGGGCUACUGCAACUCGUAGUGAGCCCUUAACGCCUACCAAACAUACUCCAUCACAGCUUACCCCUCCUCCUUCUCAGCCUGCUUCAACGCAUUCGAGUAAACCUGUCUCUUUUGACGAUUUACUAAACCCAUUUGGAACUUCAAACAAAUCUAACUCGGGCAAGAGCACGCCUUUGAACCAACUGAGAAAUAAUGCUAAACCAACUACACCUACACCGACUGGGAGUAGUGAACAAUGGAACUUUGAUUUGCUAGAUACACUGCCAGCUGAGAAGAGUAGCAAUACAGUGCCUAUAGGUGACGAUAUUUUUGGUGACCUUACUCAAGAGUCACAGACAGUUUCAGCAAACGGAUCAAGUUAUGUACAGCAUAUAGGGUACGAUGAGGAUAAUCCUCUUGGUAUCUUGGCAGAACCUGUUCAAUCCAUGCCUGUAGACUUUGAAGUAGAUGAACCAAGUGCACAAUUGGAUGAGCCAGAAAUAGUACUAUCACAUCAGGAUACACUCAAGGAAGAAGAAGAAGACGAAAUGCUCGCGAGACUUAUAGAUAUGGGUUUCAGCAUGCAGCAGUCAAAGUUUGCCAUGGAAGCCACAGGUGGUCAUGACUUACAAGCUGCCAUUGACCUAUUAAUGCAAAGUUCUGAACCCGCUCAACGAUAUCAAUCAAGAAUACCAGACAAUAGUCACAACAAUAGACACCAGCCAUCACCUACUGAACAAGCACGUAACGCAUUGUUUACAACAAAAUCCAAUGGCCAACAACAACAACGUCAAGGGGUCGAUGACAUGUUACACGUCCAAACUGAAAAGAUUGUCGGACAAGCGCAAGAAUUGGGCGGCAUGCUAUACAAAAACGCAGCAUCCUUUAUUAAGCUAGGUCGUGAAAGAGUUACAAAGGCAGUUGGGGACUGGCAAGAGCAGCAGCGUGUUCAGCGACUGAAACAAUUGCAAGAACAGCAAAAGGGUCCUGUUCGACCUAAAUGGAUGACAGUAGAGAAUGAGACGGUAGACCUGUCGACAGCGUCAGUUGAAAAAUUCGCUGAUGAUGAUAUGGUGUAUGAAAAAAAGAAGCCAGAACAGCCAGUGAGGAGUGCUUCUGGAACUCCUAAAAUGCGGCAACAGCAACGGCAACCGAGGACACGAGCAUUGAUAGGCGAUGAAGAUGAGUCAGUGUACGUGUCGCCGUCUCGUCGUAAACCAACACCAACAUCGAGCGGCCGAUCUACGCCUCAGUCAGCAAUGGCCGGUAGUGUACGACAAGAAUCUACCGUAUUUGCGCCUAAGCCUAAACAGCGCACACGACCUGUGGUGAACGCGUCAGCUGAUAUCAUUGCCAAAGUGAAGCAAGCGAAAGAACAAGGAAACGAAAAGUACAAGUUAGGACAAUUUGGAGAGGCUGAAGAAGCCUAUACGCGAGCGAUUGAACUACUUCCUGCUGGACAUGAUCAUCAAGUUAUUCUCUGCAAUAACAGAGCUAUGGCUCGUUUAAAGAUUGGCGACUAUAAAAAAUGCAUAGAAGAUUGUGAUCUGGCUAUUACGCUAUGUAAAGAGAGCGGUGAAGGCAGUGAUGUUUCAGAAGGUGUAGCCAUCUCCUGGCGCGAUCAGCUACUGAAAUCACUUAACCGAAAGGCGGAAGCGCUAGAAAAUAUAGAAAGAUACAAGGAUGCGUUGAACGUGUACGAAGAAAUUGUCAAGGUAGAGGGCUCUGGAAAUGUCAAAACCAAUCAAAGUAUGUCUAGAUGCCGACAAGCAUUGAAUCCAAAGCCAACAAGAUCUCCUCCGACAGCAAGAGUUGAAGCACCAGAAAAGAAGCAAGAUUUCAUGUCCAUGUUUGACCCUUCUUCUGCACCAACAGUAAAAGAGCCUACGGUAUCUGCAGAAGAAUUAAGCAAGAGCAAGGCAGUAGCUGAAAUACGAGCAAAGGCAGCUGAAAAGGAAGCGGAAGAUGCUGAGCGUCUGUCAAAGACGGACGAUAUUAAUGCCCGAUUGGUUGCUUGGAAAGCCGGUAAAGAACAAAAUUUAAGAGCUUUACUAGCUACUUUGGAUACUUUAUUAUGGCCUGAAGCACAAUGGAAAGGUGCCCAGAUGAGUGACUUGAUUGAUGUUAAAAAAUGCAAGAUUAUCUAUAUGAAGGCCAUAUCAAAAGUUCACCCUGAUAAGCUUCCAUCCAAUGCUUCAGUUGAACAAAAGAUGUUGGCGAGUGGAAUAUUUGCCACCUUGAACGAGGCCUGGGAUGCAUUCAAACUCCAAUGCUUCUAAACGCAAAUCAUGUUCAUAAAAUAAAUUGACCAAUGAAAACUCUUUUCGAAAG